AUUAAUAAUCCAGUGGCUUCUACAGUAGACAAGUUUCAGCAGUGCAGUCCCUUUACGUGGAGCCUUUCCUUUCCCUGAUAUUCAUUAAAUUCAUACUCACAGUCGCACUUCAAUUUUCUGUCCCUAUUCAGCUCCAAAAUAAUUGCGGAACAAAUCGUUGACAAUGUAUCGAUCGGCAGCAAAGCGGUUAUUACCGGCGUUAUACCGCCGUCACCAUGACGCAAUAUCACAUAUUCGAACCGUACCAGCAAAUCGAUUCAUGACGUCAGCUUCCACGGGAAACAUCCCUGAUCAGAAUCCUAACCCUAUACCGCCUAGGUUUAAUCCGGCUGACUCUACCGCAUCGUCAUCAUCUUAUAAGGAAGAAGAAGAAGAAGAAGAAAGGACACGUCACCAUCAGGAUACUGAUGAGAAAUCUAGGCGGCCUAAAGCGCAUUAUAAGGACGAAGAGGCGCGUGUACUCAGUGCUUCUCUCCUUCACGUGAUUCGGCUAGGAUGGACUGAAACGGCCAUGAUUGCAGGUGCAAGGGAUGUCGGGGUGUCGCCUUCCAUUAUUGGAUCAUUUCCUCGGAAAGAAGCUGCUCUAGUGGAGUAUUUUAUGGAUGACUGUCUGGAAAGACUCAUCGAUAUCAUUGAAUCAAAGGAAGAUCUGAAAAACUUGAUACCCAGCGAGCGGGUAGCAAAGCUUGUCAGAAUCCGCUUGGAAAUGCAGAUCCCUUACAUAUCAAAAUGGGCCCAAGCUCUCAGUAUACAGGCUCAACCCUUGAAUGUUCCGACAAGCUUCAAGCAGCGUGCAAUGCUUGUUGAUGAGAUCUGGCAUGCUGUUGGUGAUGAUGCCAGUGAAAUUGAUUGGUAUCUGAAGCGCACUGUCCUAGGUGGAAUAUACUCCACGACAGAACUAUAUAUGCUGACAGAUAGCUCUCCAGAUUUUUGUGAUACAUGGGCAUUCUUGGAUGCGCGAACUAAAGAUGCAUUUGAUCUGAAGAAGACUGCUCAAGAGGCACAACGGCUGGCUGAAGCAGUUGGUUCAGGGAUGGGAGGCUCUUUACAAGGAUGGCCAUUUGUUUCGCGUAUCCUCAAUGAUAGGGAGAGGUUGAUUUAAAUUAAGGGGAAAAAGGAUACAUGCUUCCUACUACUGAAAUCUAUGGCAGAAAUCUAGAAGGAAACAUGUGCAUACUUGAACAAAGGAUCCACAAUUUGCUAGAUGCUGCUCGUUGAUCGAGAUGAGCCAUACCCACUCCCACAUCUCAAAUUAUUUGUUGCUCUUUUGUUUUACCCGUCCCUAAGAAAUACUAGUAUUAAUUACGAAGGUAUUUGAUCUACUUUACUCUUAUUUAUGUCUAAGUUAUAAUUUUUCAUUAAA